AUGAGCCUGUUGACCGAAAUCAGGUACGGAUCUAACAACAUCAAAGCCGAGUAUGGAUCUAAACCCCAGGCGUGGAAGGUCGAUGUGGACCCAGCCUUCAUCGCUGCCACAAAGCUCAAGGCAAACCUGACGAGGUUUGUGGAGGAUACAAUCGAUGAUCUACCUCCGAUUGUGGUACAACGCUAUGGUGCGGAGGGAGAUUUGGUUUUGAAAAAUUUCGAAGACGGGCCACCUCGAUAUAAUGCAACGACAUUACGUGACUUUUGGGCGGAUGAAUAUGAUUGGGUUUCUGUUCAGGACAAACUAAACGCAAAGUACAACCACUUCACGACUACGGUACACGCUGUCAAUUUCACUGAUCCAAUACCUCUACACUUUAUCCACCAUCGAUCCAACCGCUCCGAUGCAAUCCCCUUACUCUUUCUUCACGGAUGGCCAGGCUCAUUUAUGGAGGUUGGGAAACUCCUCGACGGUCUUCUGAACCCGCCCAACUAUUCAAUGCCUGCUUUUCACGUUGUCGCCCCGAGUAUCCCGGGGUUCAGCUUCUCACCAGCGCCGCGAAAGGCAGGGCUGGCACCCCGUGCAGUUGGACAGGGCUACAAUGACUUGAUGCAGCAGCUAGGGUACGAAAGAUAUGUGAUUCAGGGGGGUGACUUUGGCGGCAUGAUCCUUCGGCACAUGGCGCCAGAUUUCCCAGCGAACGUCGUCUCGGUUCUGUCGAAUUUCUGGCUGGUUCCACCGAACACGACCGAUAUCGAUCGCUAUACCCGUGGUUUGACCACCGCGGCCGAAAACUUCACCAUUGAAGCGCUAACAAACUUCACAAAUCUGGAGGGCUAUCGCCAAGUUCAACAGACUAGACCUUUGGCCCUGGCUGCGGCUAUGGGAGAUUCACCUAUUGGGUUCACGUUGUGGAUUUAUGAUUUUAUGUUCCGUCACGCGGACGAAUACCCUUGGACACCGGAGGAAAUCAUCACCUGGUCCAUGAUGUACUACAUCCAAGGCCCGUACAGUGGAUUCCGGAUGUACAAGGAGAUUGCCGAGGAAGGUGAUUGGGAUAUUACCAGGUACACCUCUCAGCCAGUCGGCAUCAGCACCUUUCCCAACGACGGAUUCUUCACUUCCAAGGGUGUGAACAGAAUCCUGUACAAGAAUCUUAAAACAUCUCCCAACGGUACCAGCAGAAUGCCCCUGGGUGAUAUCUUUCACGCGGCGCGCGAAUAUGCACGCGACAGUCAAAAUGCCUACAGCGCCAACACGGAUAAGCUGGUAUCACGACUGAGCGAUGUGGUCCUUCGGACAUGGGACCUUGGCUUCACCGCGUUCGGUGGACCUCCCGUUCAUUUUCAGAUCGAACAUCGACGUUUCGUGGAAGGCAGAGGUGGCAAAGCCCCAUGGAUCGAUGAGCAGAUUUAUCAAGAACUCUUUGCGAUAUGUCAAGCUUUACCUGGGCCUGGGAGUACCAAGAUGUUGUUUUGUAUCGUCAUGAUACACGCUGGGCUGUUACCCGCAAUCGUUGCAUUCUCGAUCUGGAGCUUACCGGGCGCCAUUGCCAUGUACGCUUUGUCUCUGGGUGUCCAGCGAAUCAAUGAGGUGCUACCAUCGAUAGCAUAUGCCUUUCUUUCUGGGUUGAAUGCAUCGACCGUUGGGAUCGUUGCGCUUGCGGCUGUACAGCUGGCGGAGAAAGCUAUCAAAGAUAAUGUUACCCGAAUCCUCGUCAUCGGCGGAGCAUGUGCCGGACUAUGCUAUACUGCACUGUGGUAUUUUCCAGCGCUGAUCUUCAUCGGUGGAGUGGUGACCGUUAUUUGGGAUAUGUGGCUACGUCAACAGGUCAGCCUAGCGAAGCGUAGGUGGCAGAACAGACGUCAGCGCCAUCAAAUAUCACAGCAAAUGCAGCCUGGGGACGAGACAGCAACGUCGCCAAUCGAACUUAGUACGGGCACUCACGGAGGAAGCGAUCGACCACGAGACGGGUUACAAAGGAGGAACCUCACCCAAUCUACACAAACUGCCCAUGGACAAGUAGACCAUCCUGCGCCUCAAGGGGUUGAUCUUCCAUUGCAAGGUCCAGAAACCGACACCAAAUCGCAUGCUAUCCCAGUGUUGACUGGCAUCUGCAUCAUCAUUGGCUUCUUUGCAUCGUUCAUCGCAAUACUGGUUACGCGCGGACUCCUCAAUAAUCCUCCACGACCUUUGGACCUAUUUGCAAACAUGUACCUUGCGGGGACCAUCAUCUUUGGUGGGGGUCCUGUUGUCAUCCCUUUACUGACCGAAUACGUAGUACAACCUGGGUGGGUGUCACCUCGCGAUUUCCUGAUCGGACUUGCCAUAAUCCAAGCUUUCCCCGGCCCGAACUUCAACUUUGCUGUCUAUCUUGGUGCGCUAUCUCUACUCGGCACGUCAAACCAUACUAUUCUCGGUGCAUUGCUAGGGUAUAUUGGUAUUUUCGUCCCUGGAAUCAUUCUAGCGAUCGGGUUUCAGAGUCUGUGGCGAGUGUUGAGGAAGAAGACAAUCGUGAACAGUCUGUUGCGAGGUGUAAAUGCUACUGCUGUAGGAUUGGUGUUCACUGCCGUAUACCGGCUCUGGCAGAUUGGAUACCUUACACCGGAGAGCAGUAGAGGCACAAGCUUAGCUGAGGAACCGUGGUGGGUCGUUGUAGCUGUGCUUACGUAUGCGGAGAGUGCGUGGUUCCAUGUUCCUGCACCAGCAGCUAUUGUUGCUGGUGGGGUCUUAGGCUUCUGUUGGUAUGGAGUUACUUCGUGA